AUGUACUUAAUCUCCACCCUCGUUUUACUAUUGUGUUCCUCGACUAUUGCUCUUGAGAAUCUCGUUCUCGAAGAGGAAUACACAGAAUAUCUUUCCAUUCGUUCUUUGCGCGACGGAAAAGUAGCAUCUAGCUUUUCAUUCAAAACUCUACUACGGGACGCUAGCCCCAGGGACCCCCGACAGCUCUCGUUCGACGACAACCAGGAUGCUUCACAACACUACACUCUUUUCCCGCUGACUUUGGGACAAAUCCUGCGACAGUAUGCCAUUACGGAAUUACAUCUGACGUUAAAUGCUGGAAAAUGGAAUUACGAUUCUUGGGGAGUUCCAGACGAGCCUGGUGUCGGCCCCGGAGCAGAACUUUGGGCAUGGAUGGCGGAUGGCGGUACAAUGAGCGUUGAUCACCGUUGGCAAGGUCUUCGAAACGCUCUGGCAGGUCUCUUCUGUGCAUCUCUAGGCUCCUUAGAUGAGCAACGAACAACUUCCCCGCAGUAUGCAUUCCCACCUGAAGGGACUAUACCGGACUUGGGUCUUCCUCAUCAAAUACGACACGCAUCCCAUGCGUCCGAGCAUGUUUGCACAGAGAACCUGACCCCGUUUUUGAAACUACUUCCGUGUAAAUCUUCCUCAGGAUUAGCUUCGCUCCUGAACCCACACCGUCUGUUCGAUGCAGACUGGCACGGUAUGGGGAUACACGUCUUAUGGAAUCCAGACGGCAUUGAAGUUCACUUGAAUUUCCAGUUAGUUUCUGACCCCCUGAGGCCGUCCACGGUUCAAAAGCAAGACUGGUCGCUCGAAUCUCUGUUUGAUCGAACAAUUCAAAAGUCAUGCCCUGUUGCGGUAACCAGCCAGAUAUCUGUUAGCCUUCCGUCGAGUGGAAUGUAUCGAAUAACCCCAGAGCCUCAUACACUCCAGGGCGAUAAUGCACACUAUGAGCUUGGCUCUUCGUUAGCAGAGCCUUUCAAUGUCGGAAUAGAAUGGGCUGGGGAGCUCGAGUAUCCGUCUGCCUUGCGCGACUCUUCGCUAAUGCCCAUAUCUAUCCAUCGUACUCUCCAAGGGCCCACACAAGACAAAGGGCGAUUACUGGUUACCCUCAGGAACAACGGUCCCAACGAGCUCAAAGUGUUGUAUUUGGAAACAAUGCCAUGGCUUCUUCAGUUUUACCUUCACACUACAACAAUGCAUAUUGAUGGCAUUCCUCGCAAUGAUCUCAUAUCGAACGUCUCAUACAUACUUCCAGUGCCACACUAUCAACCUGCAACGUUCGAAUCAGUCUUGACGAUACCCGGCAAUGCGACUGUGAGAUACUCCGUCGAUGUUACUAAGGCGUUUCUUCGGUAUACCGAACAUCCACCAGAUGCACAGCGAGGAUGGGAUCUUCCACCAGCUGUGUUCGUUCCUUCGACAGACUCAUUACGGCGUAUGUACGCGCCGGCACUCCUGGUGGACUUGGCUACCCCGGAUUUUAGCAUGCCAUACAAUGUUAUCAUUUUUACUUGUUCCGUCGUAGCUUUCAUCUUUGGAAGCACAUUCAAUCUGUUGACAAGAAAGUUUGUUGUUGUUCAUCUGCCGGAGGGUAAUUAA